AUGCGUUGCACAGCUAUUCUCGCAGGCGUCAUCUUCGCAGCCUCUGGCCUGGCUCGCCCUCUCGAUGCCGUCGAUACAAGCCUUCUCAGCACGGAGCUCCCGGAAGUCCCUGAAAUCUCCGUGCCCGCCCUCCCAGAAAAACGCCAAAUCGACCUCUCGGGUCUCACCGACCUCGUCGGCGGUGUCGUAGGAGAGGUUACCGGCACACUCACAGGCCUCAUCCCCACCUUGGUCGGCACGCUCAACGAAGUCGGCGCCAUCGUCGAUGGGCUCCUCGAGAACGUGGAGACCGCAGACAUUGACGGCACGCUCGAGGAAGUCGAGUCAAUCCUGUCCAGCACCAUCGACGAGAUCAAUGCCAUCACCAGCACCGCCGGCGUCGAUAUCUCCGGCGAGUUGGCCACCGUCCAGGCUGAACUGUCAACUGCCAUCACCGAGGCCGAGGCUCUGGUCGGCAGCGUGCAGAGCCUCAUUGGCUUGGUCAGCGUGACUGACACCCUCUCCGAGGUGGAGAGCCUGGCCGCCACGCUUGUCGACCUGCUUGCCAGUUUGCUGUAA